UGGAUCUACAACAUCAACUAAUACAAUAUCAACUGACACUGUUGGAUCUAAAACAUCAACAAAUAAAAUAUCAACUGACACUGUUGGAUCUACAACAUCAACUCAUAAAAUAUCAACUGACACUGUUGGAUCUACAACAUCAACUAAUAGAGUAUCAACUGACACUAUUGGAUAUAAAACCUCGACAAAUAAAAUGACAAUUAACACUGUUGGAUCUACAACAUCAAUUAAUGGAAUAUCAGCGGACACUGUUGGAUCUACAACAUCAACUAAUAAAAUAUCAAGUGACACUGUUGGAUCUUCAACAUCAACUCAUAGAAUAUCAUCUGACACUGUUGGAUCUACAACAUCAACAAAUGAAAUAUCAACUGAUACUGUUGGAUCUAUAUCAACUAAUGAAAUAUCAAUUGACACUGUCGGAUCUACAACAUCAACUGAUAAAAUAUCAACUGACACUGUUGUCUCUACAACAUCAACUAAUAAACUAUCAACUGACACUGUUGGAUCUACAACAUCAACUAAUAGAAUAUCAACUGACACUGUUGGACCUACAACAUCAACUAAUAAAAUAUCAACUGACACUGUUGGAUCUUCAACAUCAACUAAUAAAAUAUCAAUUGACACUGUUGGAUCUACAACAUCAACUAAUAAAAUAUCACCUGACACUGUUGGACCUACAACAUCAACUCAUAGAAUAUCAACCGACAAUGUUGGAUCUACUACAUCAACUACUAAAAAAACAUCAACUGACACUGUUGGAUCUCCAUCAUCAACUAAUAAAAUAUCAACUGACACUGUUGAAUACACAUCAACUAUUAGCGUUAUGAAUACAACGUUCACUACACACACUAACAUUGAUCUAACAACACUCGACAUUUCGAAAUCAACAAUUAAAUCGAGUCCGUCUAGUUCGCCGUAUGUUCCAGAGAGAGGCUCGUGUCAGUUCGGAAUGCCACCUUGUUUACGGUUUUAUAGGAAAAAAUGCUGCGGCUGCAGGUUCAAGUUCGCUAAUCCUGAUAAAGACGGGCAACACGGCUAUCCAGAGAUUGUGCUUGCUCGAGGCUACUGCUCAAACGAAACCUGCCUCAGGACACCAUGUAACUACGACAGAGAACUUAAAGCAAUCUAUGAUAAAGAAAAUGCGAUGAUCACUACUCCAUAUCUCUCAACAACACAAAGGCUAUCGUGUGUUAUGAAUGAGACGUGCUUCCAUGGGAGAUGCAUCGAUGGAAAAUGCAAAUGCACACAAAAAUGGAAAGGUCAAAGCUGUAAUGAGCCACGCUGCAGAAAGAAAUGUCUACAUGGUGGGAUUUGCAAUGCCCCAAAUCGAUGCACAUGUCCCUUCAACAGAGUUGGCAGCCAAUGUAGAACUUGUAGGAAAGGGUAUUAUGGUAAACAUUGUUUUCCAUGCCCUGACUGCAAUCAUGGCCGAUGCGACCCGAUCACUGGUGAUUGCCUUUGUGACCAUGGAUGGUUUGGUGAUGUAUGUACGGAAAAAAUACAUAAUCCAGGGGGAAAUAAUAAAUCUUGCACGCGAGGUAUGCCAAGAUGUAACAGACUAUGGAGAAAUAAGUGCUGUGGUUGCCAGAGAAUGUUUGCAGACCCUAAAAAUAAUGGAAAACCUGAAUGGCCACGCACUCUCGUUUUCAAAGGACAUUGUCUUGAUGAACCUUGCCUGGUAUUGCCUUGUAAACUGGACAAGAAAAGUGAAAAACAAUUCAAGGCUACAUAUAAGAACAUCACACGUGUAACAUAACAUAUUUCACACCUAUUUGUGUCAGCCACAGAAUGCAGAAUAGCUGCCUUAUAACACUGGAAGUCAAAGAUCGUCUGACCAUUCAUAAGCUCACCCGUCUAACUAACAUUCUCAUCAACGACUCGCCAAAAUGGUUGGUCAUUAUUACGACAUGAAGUUGUGUGUCUACGGUUUUGGGGUUUAGGAAAUUAGUAAUGAUUUGAGACAAAUAAAGUUAUUUCUUGUCAUUA